CUUAGAUAUAAAUUCGUGGAAGUCAUUACAGUUCCACUUUCCCAAUACAAUAAUUGUUUUCGCAUCGAGGGAACGCAAUAUUGAUUGAAGCGGCGCAUUUCCGAGAACCAAUACUUCGGUUAUCAAUAUUGAUUGUUGCAGCGGCACAGUCGAAGAGGACCAACAUUUCAUUUGUCAAAACUGAUUGUAGUGGCACAGUUAAGAGGCACCAAAACCUUAUUUCUUUCCCAACUUUCGUGUCGGGUUACGCUCUUUGACAUCCAACACUGUAUUCACCAUGUUUAAACCAUAUUUUUUGCAGGCUUUUGUAUUAUUUAUCAUCUUGAGGUCGACUCUCGCUCAUACUCUAGGCCGCUCACAGAACGGAUCUGUGUCCGACUGUCGAUGUUUUCCUGUGGAUCAAUGUUGGCCGACUGCAGCUGAAUGGGCUGCUUUCAACGAAACGAUCGAUGGGAAACUCAUUGCGACUGUUCCCAUUGCAAGCAUAUGCCAUCACGAUUCGUUUGCUCCUUACGAUGCAGGAAAAUGUGAGCAGCUUCAGGAAGACUGGCUUCUGCCCCAAACACACUAUACCUCCUCUUCAUCAAUCAUGGGCCAAUUCUUUGCAAACAUGAGCUGCGAUCCGUUUACCGACCCUUCCGCUCAGUGCGUUCUGGGAACUUACGUCCAGUAUGCUGUAAAUGCCACGGGACAGGGUGAUUUCAGGACGACGAUGGCUUUUGCUACCGACAGAAACAUUCGCUUUGUCGUCAGAAAUACAGGUCACGAUUAUUUUGGGAAGUCUACUGGGUCUGGAGCGCUUGGUCUUUGGACUCACAAUAUGAAGGAUAUCGAAUUCUUUGAAUACAGCUCGUGUAACUAUACCGGGAAAGCGAUGAAGAUGGGUGCUGGUGUGCAAGUCAUGGAAGCAUUGACAGCCGCCCAUAAUCAGGGUCUCGUGGUGGCAGGUGGGCAAUGUCAAAGUCUUGCGGUUGCCGGCGGGUAUACCCAAGGCGGUGGUCAUUCCUUCAUGGCAUCACUAAUCGGCCUCAGCGCUGAUCAGGUGCUUGAAUGGGAGGCCGUCACAGCCACUGGCGAAUAUCUUGUCGCCACUCCUUCUGACAAUGAGGACUUGUAUUGGGCUCUUUCCGGUGGAGGCGGCGGUACAUAUGCAGCAGUGCUUUCGGUGACCGUGAAAGCCUAUCCAGAUCUCGAGGUAGCCGCAGCUAACUUGACAUUCACAAUAAGUGAGGGCGUUUCAACAGAGAGCUUUUUUGCGGUCGUUCAGACUUGGCUGCAGAACCUUCCCGCCAUCGUCGAUGCUGGAGCAGUCGCACUCUGGACACUAGCAGACGGAUACUUUUCAGUAUCGCCAGUCUUCGGGCCAAACCUAACCGUGUCAGAGCUACAAGUUUUGCUCCAACCGACACUAACAGCGCUAAACCAGAGUGGAAUACCAUACUCAUCCUAUUUCGCCGGGUAUCCAACCUUCCUGGAUGCGUACAAUGCCAUGAAUCCUUUCGAGCCUGUUACAGAUGGGAAUAUGGGAGCAUAUCUCCUCCCACGAGAACUCGUUACAUCUGAGACUAAUGCCUCGGCGCUUACUGAUGUACUUAACAAAUUAGUCACUGGUACAAGCGUUGUCACGGGCGGUGUGUCUCUCAACGUUGCUCGAGGCCAAGAUAUCACUCAACCAGUGGCAAACUCAAUAAACCCUGCUUGGAGAGAUGCUAUUCACUAUUUUGCAUUCGGACUCCCCUACAAUCGAACCAGCCUCCCAGCCAAUGUAGAGGAGUGGAACUUGAUCACCAACGUCUACGGUCCAAGUAUUGAUGCGCUGGUGCCAGGCGGUAUGUCAAGUUAUCUGAACGAGGGAAAUCCUUUUGAUCCAGAUUGGAAACGAGUCUUUUACGGCGAUAAUUACAAUCGACUCCUGGACAUCAAGGAAAGGUAUGACCCAAACAGCAUCUUCUAUGGCUUGACCUGUGUCGGAAGCGACGGUUGGGAAGUACAAGAAGAUGGCCGUCUCUGUAGGGUCUGA